AUGGUGGGGGGAGACAGACAGAUCCAAUAGUUCAAGAUCUUAUUUAAGAUUUCAGAGAAAAAAGUAAAUUGCUCUACCGAUGGCCUCAUUAUUUCCCCUAUGAGACUUAAAAAGAAUAUGAUGUACGAUAUGAACCUCUAAUUUAUUGCCAAUUUAGCCAAAUGA